CCCUCCCCCACAUCUUAGCUGCGUGUAAGCGGGACAGGACAGCAUGAAGUUUUCAGAGAAAUAACUUGACCAAGAUGUCCAGUGAUAGGCCAAGGUCAGAUGAUGAAAGUCCAAGUACCAGCAGUGGUAGUUCAGAUGCAGAUCAGAGGGACCCAGCAGCACCAGAACCUGAAGAACAAGAAGAAAGAAAACCCUCUGCCACCCAGCAGAAGAAAAACACCAAACUCUCUAGCAAAACCACUGCUAAGUUAUCCACUAGUGCUAAAAGAAUUCAGAAAGAGCUAGCUGAAAUAACCCUUGAUCUACCUCCGAACUGCAGUGCUGGGCCUAAAGGAGAUAACAUUUAUGAAUGGAGAUCAACCAUUCUUGGACCACCAGGUUCUGUUUAUGAAGGUGGCGUGUUUUUUCUGGAUAUCACAUUUUCAUCAGAUUAUCCAUUUAAGCCACCAAAGGUUAUUUUCCGUACCAGAAUUUAUCACUGCAACAUCAACAGUCGGGGUGUCAUCUGUCUUGAUAUUCUUAAAGACAACUGGAGUCCUGCUCUGACUAUUUCAAAGGUUUUGCUGUCUAUUUGUUCCCUCUUGACAGACUGCAACCCUGCGGAUCCUCUGGUUGGAAGCAUAGCCACUCAGUAUUUGACCAACAGAGCAGAACAUGACAGGAUAGCCAGACAGUGGACCAAGAGAUAUGCAACAUAAAUGGCGUCUCUUUUGUGCAGUGUGAAGAAGCAGGAGGCCUCUUUACACUGUGCAGCAAAUCUUUAUAGCCUUUACAAUACGGACUUCUGUUUAUAUGUUAUAGUGAUUCUACUCUCUGCUUUUAUUCUUUGAAGACUGGGAGACUGGCCAAAAAGGUAAAUGCUAUCACGAGUAGAACUUUGUAGCUGUAGAUUAGUUAUGUUUAAAAUGCCUACUUGCAAGUCUUGCUUCUUUGGGAUAUCAAAAUGUAUUUUGUGAUGUACUAAGGAUACUGUUCUUGAAGUCUACCAAAUAUUAUAGUGCAUUUUAGCCUAAUUCAUUAUCUGUAUGAAGUUAUUAAAGUAGAUGUAGAUGAUUAGAAAUUAUGUCAUUUGUAUUAAGCCCAGAUCUAUUUCCAAUUAUGUGGUACAUGCUGUUGUGGAAAAUGCUUUACCUUUUACCUUUGUCAGUUUGUAUUGAAAGGAUUUUCUUUUACCCUUUGUAGCUCAGAGAGCGAGCACCUAAUGUAUCGUCUCAAACACAAUAAACAUGUUCCCGGAAAAAAAAAAA